CCCUCCGUCGGAACUCCUCCUCCUUUUUCCAGUGGAAUAAUAUAAUUAAGCUCCUCCUCAACAAAGUCCCACAUGCCCAAACACUUCAAAAAGACCGACCUCCAUUCAAUUCAGCGCCGAGGGAGGCUUCCAACUUCCUAUUUAUAAAGAUUUAUUACUACCCGUUUUAUCCACUCCAUCCACCAUUCCCCCUUAAAGCUCCAGCAGAUCGAGGAAUCACAAAAACCACAGCCACCAAAAGGUAAUCAUUGCGAGCUUCAUCACUAAUUUCACCCUCACGAUCAAGUUGAACAUAAUUUAUGUUAUUUUCGGUACGACGUAGGCCAUGAAUACGGAACUACAAGAAGCUGCUGCUGCCGCCAGAGAAAAAAUCAAAGAUGAUGCUAAUAACAAUCACGAAACAAAACAUGAAGAUGGUCGGCAACAAGAUGGAGACGACGACGACGACCCAACGUCGUUGAAGGAGAGAGCCUUCCGAGCUCAGCCAUGGACACGGCAAAUCACAGCCAGAGGAUUGAUUGUGAGCAUCAUGAUCGGGUCAAUGUACAGCGUGAUAGCGAUGAAGCUGAACCUGACAACCGGCCUGGUCCCAAAUCUCAACGUCUCGGCGGCGCUGCUGGCUUUCGUGUUCAUAAGGGCGUGGAACAAGCUGGUCGGGAAGCUGGGGUAUGUUGCGAAGCCAUUUACGCGACAGGAGAACACCAUGAUCCAGACGUGUGCGGUAGCUUGUUAUAGUAUCACGGUCGGAGGCGGGUUCGCUUCUUAUCUGUUGGGGUUGAAUAGGAAGACCUAUGAGCUUUCCGGGCUGCACACGGAGGGAAACUCUCCUUACGCUGUCAAGGACCCUGCGUUCGGUUGGAUGACUGGCUACCUUUUUGUGGUUUGCUUUGUCGGGCUUUUUGUCUUGAUUCCACUGAGAAAGGUGAUGAUAGUGGACUUGGAAUUGGCCUAUCCCAGUGGCUUGGCGACUGCAGUUCUUAUCAAUGGAUUCCACAACCGAGGAGACAAGAUGGCAAAAAAACAGGUUCGUGGGUUCAUGAAGUACUUUUCGGUGUCGUUCCUGUGGGCGCUGUUCAAGUGGUUCUAUGCAAAAACAGAGGAAUGCGGGUUCAACCAGUUCCCUACCUUCGGGUUGAAAGCUUGGAAGCACACGUUUUUCUUCGACUUCAACACAACAUACGUGGGGGCAGGGAUGAUCGUUUCCCACCAAGUCAACCUUUCUCUGCUUUUCGGAGCUGUGCUGUCUUAUGGGAUCAUGUGGCCGCUCAUUGGUGAUCUCAAAGGGAAGUGGUUCGAAGCCGAUUUGGAAGAAAGCAGCAUGAAGAGCUUAUACGGUUACAAGGUUUUCCUCUCAGUCGCACUCAUCCUGGGAGAUGGGCUCUACAAUUUCAUAAAGGUCAUGAGCUUCACUGUCAUCAACGUCCAUGGAAGGUUGAAGAACAAGAAGCUGAAACCAGAAGGGGAAGUUCAGGAGCCGGGCCAGGAGGAUAAGAAACAGAAUGAACUUUUCCUGCGAGAAAAGAUACCAAUGUGGGUUGGAAUGGUGGGCUACAUGGCCUUCUCAAUCCUAUCCACACUCGUGGUUCCGACCAUAUUCCCACAGCUCAAAUGGUACUACGUCGUCGUAGCAUACAUCCUAGCUCCAUCGCUGGCCUUCUGCAACGCCUACGGAGCCGGACUUACGGACAUCAACAUGGCAUACAACUACGGCAAAGUGGCUCUCUUCGUGCUCGCAGCUGUGUCAGGGAAACAGAACGGCGUCGUUGCAGCUCUGGCCGGCUGCGGGCUGAUCAAGUCCGUGGUCUCCGUGGCCUGCAUACUGAUGCAGGACUUCAAGACGGCUCACCUGACGCAGACGUCGCCGAGGGCCAUGUUCGUCAACCAGGUGAUCGGAACUGCGAUGGGCUGCUUGAUGGCGCCGCUCAGCUUUUUCCUGUUUUACAAGGCGUUCGACGUCGGGAACCCUUACGGCGAAUUCAAAGCUCCAUAUGCUUUGAUAUACAGAAACAUGGCUAUUCUCGGGGUGGAAGGGUUCUCUGCUCUGCCGCGGCAUUGCUUGCAGCUGUGUUAUGGGUUUUUCGCCUUUGCGGUGGGGGUGAAUAUUGUGAGGGACGCAGCUCCUGGGAAGGUGGUGGGGCGAUGGAUGCCGCUGCCUAUGGUGAUGGCUAUACCGUUUCUGGUCGGGGCGUAUUUCGCCAUCGAUAUGUGCGUGGGAAGUUUAGUUGUCUACGCUUGGAACAAAUUGAAGCCGAGGAAGGCAGAGUUUAUGAUUCCGGCGGUGGCUUCCGGGUUGAUUUGUGGGGAAGGGCUGUGGACUCUGCCGUCGGCGGUUCUCGCUUUGGCUAAGGUGAACCCGCCAAUCUGCAUGAAGUUUGUGAGCAAAUAGGCAAGAGUUCUUCAUACAACGUUAGUCUACAACUCUACAUUGAAGCAUAUGUAAAAAGUUGAUUGUUGUCACUUGGUUUACAACUCACAAGCCCCUACAGAGUCUGUAAUCCUAGAGCUUCAACACCGGUGCAUACAGCAAUGACUCUAAAGAAACCAGUAGAUAGAAUAGAGUACUGUUUUGCCACCGAAACAAAAAA